AUGGCAUCAACAUCAGGCUUGACCCGGCGCAGGGGCGCGGGAGGAGGUGGAGGCAGCGGCGACGCCGCCGGCGGCGGCGGCAGCAGCACUCCCGACGCGAGGGAGGUUGGGCCCGACACGAGCUACGAGACGGGCGAGAACGGACACAGGAUCGCCUUCGACCCCCGCGACCUGAGCGAGAGCGCAGAGAGGAGCAAGCAGCCUAAGCUAACGCUGAUGGAGGAGGUGUUGUUGCUUGGUAUCAAGGAUCGCGAGGGCUACCUUUCAUUCUGGAAUGACAACAUUUCCUACGCUCUGCGCGGAUGCAUCGUUCUCGAGCUGGCCUUCCGCGGCCGCAUCAGCAUGCAAAAGGACUCGUCCAGGCGGCGCUUCCCCCUGGCGGACCGAAUUAUCGAAGUCAUUGACGACACUCUUACGGGCGAGGUACUUCUGGACGAGGCCCUCAAGAUGAUGAAGACGAGCGAGAAGAUGAGCGUCAGCUCUUGGAUUGACUUGAUGAGCGGCGAAACCUGGAACCUAAUGAAAAUCGGCUACCAACUCAAACAAGUCCGCGAACGUCUGGCCAAGGGUCUAGUCGACAAGGGCAUCCUGCGCACGGAAAAGCGCAACUUCCUGCUGUUUGACAUGGCUACGCACCCCGUGGUCGAGGGCGCCGCCAAGGAGGACAUCCGACGGCGCGUGCGCAACGUGCUCACCCAGCGCACCGUCGUCAUCACCCCGACCCAGUACCUGCCCGAGGAGCUCGAGUUCCGGUAUGUGCGGACGAUCGCCAUGGUGUGCGCGGCGCACGCGGCCAACGUGCUCGAAAACGCGCUCAGCACCCUCGGCCAUGAGGCCCGUGAAAAUGCCUUCAGCAUGGCGGACGAGUUGCUCCUGCAAUAUAGCCAGUGGCCGUUUGCGGCGAGGCCGUUGCCUGGUGGGAAUGGAGGGGUGGGGGCCAAUUUGCCGCAGGUUAUCAACGAGGAGGUCAACAAAGCAAAGGACAAGGAGCUCCAGCUCGAAGUCGUGGCGGCUUGCUUGAGUGUAUUCACCCGUCUUGACUCUCUGCUCUAG